AGCCUGCACUUCUAAAAACUGAGAGGUUUGAGUUAAAGUAAACAGCGAUAUUAUGUUUUUUUCCUUUUCAUCUUCUAUGGUUAUAGAGUUAUAAGUGAAAUGAUUGAAGAAUAUCGCAGGAUGUAUUCACCACGAGUCGCCUCUAGGUGUUUGUACCAUGGAGUCCUUCCCCCGUGAUGUCACUUCAGCUGCAUGAAGCGCACAGAGAGCAGCGGAAAAAAUACUGCACAGCGACACCAUGUCCCCUUCAAAAUAAAACCUGCAGUGUUCACUUAGGAUGGUGCAACAAAAAUACUGGGCUGUAUAUAUAGACUGAUGAAAACUUGCAAAAUGGCACAAUGAGUAAAUUGGUGGGACUACUGGAAAAAAAUAAUCUUGGAAAAAAACUCUAAGAUUUAAAAAAAAAGGGCGGUUGUGUCAUUGCUGCAGGUUGAGGUUGUGAGAUAUAAUUUCCUUCAAAGUUUGAAGUUUAUUUGUGUGGUCUUAUUUGUAUAAAAGAACACGCAUGUGUGUAUAGUUUCUUAUUAGAAUUUUUUUUAUCACUUUCGCUCAUGAAAAUGUUUGACUUUUUUAUUGUAUGUCUCAUAAAUGAGAUUGUUAGCAUUAUUAGUGGUGGUGUUUGUAGUAGUAUUUCUCUAUAAUAGAUCAGUUGUAGAAUGGACAUUUAAACCCACUAUAAAUUCUUAGGCCAAAUAUUUAGUGAUCCUUCUAACACCUUUCUCUCCAACCAUCUGCAUCGAGUAACUUCUCCUCUCUCACCCAUCAAGUACAGAAGACAACAGUUUUUUAAAGUUGUCAAAUAACCCCACACUGUAAACAAACACAGAGACUGGGUCUCUGAGGUGGACCUGUCGUGGACCAGUUUACCAGGAGGGAGGCCACAGACCCAGCGAGCUCCGAGCGGGCUGCGGAGGAUGUCGACCCCGCCGCGGGGACAAGGCCCGGGCGAGAUGCCCGUGUCCGGCCGGACUAGGGUCGACCCUAACCCCAGCCCUCGGCGCCCAUGACGCCCGCGCCGAUGAAGCCCCGAGCAGCGAAAGUGAGGCGGAAAGUGGCCGGAGACCGAGAGCAUGUACUGGCGCGUCGGGUUCGCCUGGACGCGGUCGUGUGUGGUUGAUCUUGGCCAGAACCAGAGCUUCUCCGCCGGCCUGCUGGGCUCCGAGGAGCAGCUCCCGUUGUACGGGUACAUCGUCGCCUGCCCACUGCAGGACUACGGCGGGAUGAUGUCGGCGCUGGGCUCGGACUCGUGGUGGAGGAAGACGCUGUACUUGACCGGGGGGGCUCUGCUCGCCGCCGCUGCUUAUCUGCUGCACGAAUUGCUGGCGAUCAGAAAGGAGGAAGAGCUGGACUCUAAAGAUGCCAUCAUACUCCACCAGUUCUCCAGGCCCAGAACUGGCGUCCCGUCCCUGUCCCCGUUCUGCCUUAAAAUGGAGACCUACCUCCGCAUGGUUGACCUGCCAUACCAGAACUACUUUGAUGGGAAGCUUUCUCCGCAAGGAAAGAUGCCGUGGAUUGAGUACAACCGAGAGCAGGUGUGUGGGACGGAAUUCAUCAUCGACUUCCUGGAUGAAAGGCUGGGCGCGAGCCUCAACAAGAGCCUGUCGCCGCAGGAGAAGGCCAUGUCCCGCGCCAUCACCAAAAUGGUGGAGGAGCAUUUCUACUGGACCAUAGCCUACUGUCAGUGGGUGGACAACCUGGAGGAGACCCAGAAGAUGCUGUCGGUGAGCGGACCGCUGAGCGAUCUGCUCAAGUGGAUCCUGAGUCACCUGACCGGCGGGAUCGUCAAGAGGGAGAUGUACGGGCACGGGAUCGGGCGGUUUUCUCAGGAGGAGGUUUACGCCCUAAUGGAGAAGGACAUGCGCACCCUGGCCACUCUGCUAGGUGAUAAGAAGUACCUUAUGGGCUCCAAGCUUUCUACAGUAGACGCCACCGUGUUCAGUCACCUGGCCCCUGCUAUGUGGACGCUGCCAGGAACCCGUCCGGAGCAGCUGAUCAAAGGCGAGCUGAUCAACCUGGCCAUGUACUGUGAGCGCAUCCGCCGGCGUUUCUGGCCCGAGUGGUUCGUGGACCUGGAGGACUUCUGCUACAAGGACACCACGGAGGGCAGCGACUCGCCGUCCAAACUCCCUGACCUGGGUCUCUUCUCUGGCACGGACACUUUCCAGGAAGACACGCACACACACACUUCACACGGCCACACACCACUGGACCCACCGUCGCCCGACAGCGACCGUACAGGCCACUCGCUUUAUGACUCUGACAUGGACACCGAGUGCUCUGAGAUAGACCAGCUCAAGUGUUGACAAAACAAUACACUAACGGUACACGGCGACAUUCACGCACGCCACAGGAGGGAGCUGCAUCCCACCUGCACACACGCCUCCCUACCUCUUACAACAGAGUAUGACUGGGGAGUAUAUCUGGUGUCGUCGGUGCUGGUGGAGAUGUCGAGGGUGCAGAGGUUUAACCUGCGCACUGCAGUGGAGGAAUGGUUGCGAUAGAAGGUAAAGGAGUGAGGUGAAAGGGGGAAAAGUCAGAGAUGGGCAGAAGAAGAAAAAAGGAGGCCGCAUUUAAAGGAACAGUAGAGGGAAAGAGAAGAGAUGCCGAAGAAAGAUUGAGGAGUGAGAACGAGGAGCAUUUAAACCAGGAGUAAAUGACGCCGCUGCUGAGAAACUCCUCCACGUGGUCGACGUCAUCAGCAGUCACAAACCUCAAACUGUCAUCCCGUCGAUGUAACCUCGGUGUGUGUGUGUGUGUGUGCGUGCGUGCGUGCAUGCGUGUGUGUGUGUGUGGCCCCCGUUGCCACUUGUCGCAACCUGCACCACCCAGCCUUGUGUGAGUUGUCAACUAACUGAACCCUUAAACGCCUUGUAUUACGAUGGUGUCAUGUAGGAGAAAUGUACAGGAUUUACGUGAGCGAUCAAGAGUCAGUGUAAAUACACAAAUGGACCAGAUUGGAUUCACAGAUUUAAUAGAUAGAAUAUUUAAUUCUAUAUAUAUAUAAAGAGAGUAUAAAUAGUAUAGAUAGCUUGCAUAUUAAAAUCACCCCCUCCGUGAUAUGGUGUAAAUAAUGUAGGUGUUAUAAAAUCCAUUCUGUGUUAGUCCAUCGAUGCCCCACUCUGCUGGUCUAGGAUGAGUAUGACGAGCCCUAUAUGUGUGUGUGUCUGUCUACACCAGUCGUUUCUGCUGCCGAUGUUUUAAUAGUGCAGUUAUAGAUUAUGGAUGGUAAACUGCAAUUUGCCAUAAGCACUUUUUUUGGUCUUUUUAAGACUCUUAUUUUGCCAAAUUAUUAACUGUUUUUUCCUCCAAAUCCCAAGCAUAAUAUUGCCAGGAUCCUGUGUUUUGUUUGUAUUGUCUUUCAGGACAUGAGUUUUUAGGUCAUGCAGACAUUUUACAUGCAUCAAGCGCGAGUCGAACAAUCAUGUAGAAAUAGAGUUAACAGAUAUAUAACGUCAAUGAGAUUGCAUGGCUGGCACGUGCCAACUAAACUGUCCCUUUACACUUCAUGUAGUUUUAACUACAUUUCUCAGCUGGCCUUUAUAAGUUUGAUGUUACGGGUGCCUCUGGCCACAUCAGCCACACAAAGAUGUAGCCAAUGGAUCAUGAAAAAUACUUUUCUUUAUUUAAUUCAGUCAACGAUUUAGUUUUUGAGACACGCGAUUCAUGUUUCAAAAAUGAUGGAUUGCUCAGACAACUUUAUGUUAAGCAAUAAGAGCGCUGGCACAGGUCCACUCUGUUCAUGUUUUUUAUUUGAUGCUCGCCUGCGUGGUAUUCGGGGGUUGUGUGGCGGCGGCGUGCGGGUUUUAGGUGUGUUUGUCAUUCAGCAAAUGCACAUGCCAGCAUAUUGUGUGUCAAGGCUACUUAUAUGGAUGCAGGCAAGCAAGGGGUGUGUACAGUAUGUACACUUCUGUCCAUGUUGCACAUGGAUGGGUCAUCCUCUGUGUAUGAGUGAUGACGCACUGGUGAGGUUUCACAGUCUGAACUUUUGCCCCCUAACCCACACUAACACAGACUGUCACAGUCACGAGCUCAGUGACGUCCACGUCGGUGGUAGAAAAUGUAGCAGUCUGAGGCAAAAGACGAGUGAUAGUUUGAUGUUUAUAUCGAGGAUGCUGCUUCUUAUAAAAAAGAAACAGAACAGGGAACCUUUACAGGGCCAUAACGUAAUGGGAGAAUAAAUUUGCUGGUACAGGCUUAAAAACCUGUUCACAACCAAUAGUGAUACAUUUAAAUAAGUCGGUGCUUCUUCGUGCAAUUCGGUUAGCUAGCGCUGUGUUUGUACCAUUGACUUCUGUCUGCAAACCCAUUUGUUGAGCUGUUAAUACUCCUGUAGCGGAAGUUCAAAGAAAAAUGAAUUAGCAGCUAAUAAGCUACGAUAGCGUCCGCCAUUUUGGUUCUUCGCCGCCUCAAAGGUCAGCGUUCUUAAGGCAGCGGCGAAAAAAUGUAUGGGUCAAUCUUGAACUCUGUGCAAACAAUUCUUUCACUGAUAUGCUUUAUGUUGGCGUAUAUAUUUUGGCUCCAUAAGUAAAUUGCAGUUCAGCAAAGCCAAAAAUAUCUCAAGAUGAUUUGAGAAUAGUGUCUCUAUUAUAUCGUUUUCACAAAGUUUUUUUUUUUUUACUUUUAUGUCCCGCUCAGUACAUGUGUUGGUCACAGAAUGAACUGAAUGAAAGGAUCCAUCGCACAAAUGUUUCUUUUCUAUUAUGUCUUACAAAAUAUUAAUUGCUCAUAUAUCUUUUUUGGAUCAAAUCUGGUCGACAACCAGUCUCAGCAAUUCCUUGUUGGUCAGGCCCUGCUGUGAGGAUGAUGGACAGAAAUGACAUUUAUACUGUUUUCAAAAAAUAUGUAGCAUUAACACGUAGCAGUUUAUAUAUAUAUAUAUAUAUAUAUCUCAAUCGGCAAAGAAGUAUAUGUUUGGAAGGUGUUAGGUCAUUGAGGCAACAUUAUGAAUCUGGUAUUUCAGUGAGACCAUGACACUCAUAGUGAUGAUUUAUAGAUGGUUUUACUAAAGAAUUUAAUGAUGAUUUGAUGACAGAAAAAAAAAAUCUAAAAUUUUCCUCCGUGUGGCUUCUUUCUCUGUAGAAGUUACAUCCUGGAUUCUCUGUCGAAAUCAAAACCUAAAUGAAGCCUUCAGGGAGGAGACAUUUACGUGUGGGUGUGUGCUGCAGUGCAAUAAUAUAACCUGAAACUGAAGAAAAUGAACUUAAAUUUCCAUUUAUUUAUUUGUCUUAAACCCCCUUGCCUGCAUGUUUUUGCCUUCUCUCUUCAAAAGUCAGAUUUCUGCCUUAUGAUAAUUGACUGCUUAAACAGAGUUCUUUAUGCCAGUGCCAGCAUAGGAUUUAUGUUUUUAUAUUUCACAUUUGUUAAUCAGCUAUUUAUUUCAGGUUCGUUAUAUUAGUGAUAUAAUGAUGCUGGAUGUGCUCAAAUAUUGUUGAUUAAUAUUUUUGGUUAUUUUGCACAGUUCUAAUUAUGUUUACAUGUGUUCUCUUAUCUGGCUGAGAAUAUCUAUCAAACUACCUUAUUGUUCUGUGUGUUGGUGCAAUACUGUCGAUUCUCUGACUUUCUGUCGACGUGUAACACUGAAGAAAAUGCACAUUUUCACCCCGCCAGUCAUUGCCGUGAUUGCAUGUUUGUCCAUGUGUUGAGAUGUCAUUUGGUAAAUGUAAAAUAUUCAUAUCAUAAUAUUACAGCAGUUUGGUGUUAGUCCUUUGUCUGCUUCAAACAGCAUUGUAGAAACAGUUGAAAAAAAUGAAAUACUGAGGUCAAAUACCAAACUUCCUGUUGGGUCUCAGCUCAGCGGGCUGAGGUCGUCCUGCUGAUCAGCUGAUGACCGGUGUCUCUACUCCCUCUCACCCAUUACAGGAAAAAAUAGCAAAAGUCCUUCCAGAUCAGUGUCCGUGGGCAACUUCAUCUGUCUCAGUGUUCCCCAGCAGUAAAAGGUCAGAGGUCAGGGGUUCAGCCCUGUCGCGUGAGUCCCUUUCCCAUCAAGAUUUCUGCUUAUAGACUGUAGAAGCAAUACUGCAUUGUCUCCUGCUGUUGUGUGUGUGUGUGCGCGCGUGUGUGUGCGCGUGUGUGUGUGCGCGUGUGUGUGUGUGUGCGUGUGUGUGUGUGUGUGUGUGUGUGUGUGUGUGUGUGUGUGUGUGUGUGUGUGUGUGUGUGUGUGUGUGUGUGUGUGUGUGUGUGUGUGUGUGUGUGUGUGUGUGUGUGUGUGUGUGUGUGUGUGCAAACGCAACUCAUCAAACUGUAAAUAACAAAGACAAAUGAAUAUUUGGAGAUGACCUAAAAGAAAUUGUUCUGUAACAUAAAGAUUUCAAAAAAAAGAUUCUUAUGAAUGUAUCAUACCUAGAGAUAUAAGAAAAAGCUUUAUGACAAUGGAUUACACAUAAUAUUUCAUUAAAUAUCGCUGUGUUAUUUUCC